AUGGGGGCCGAGACGGCCGUGGACACGGGGGACGGGCGGAGCAGGGCCAGCACGGAAGCCCAGCCUGGUGGGAGGAGAGGCGACGGGUGGGGGGCUGGAGAUGGGGCGCCCACCGCUGCUCUGCCCUCCCCUCUCCUCCCCUCCCCUGCAGGGGUGGUCCGGGCCUCCAGCAUCUUCCCCAUCCUCAGCGCCAUCCUGCUGCUGCUGGGGGGCGUGUGCGUGGCGGCCUCGCGGGUCUACAAGUCCAAGAGAAACAUCAUCCUGGGCGCCGGCAUCUUGUUUGUGGCUGCAGGCCUGAGCAACAUCAUCGGCGUGAUCGUCUACAUCUCGGCCAACGCGGGCGAGCCGGGCCCGAAGCACGACGAGGAGAGGAAGGGGCAUUACUCGUACGGCUGGUCCUUCUACUUCGGGGGGCUGUCGUUCAUCCUGGCCGAGGUCAUCGGCGUGCUGGCCGUCAACCUGUACAUCGAGCGCAGCCGCGAGGCGCGCUGCCAGUCGCACUCGGACCUGCUGCCGGCUGGCGCGGCGGGCGCGGGGGGCGCGGGGACCGGGGGCGCGGGGCCGGGGGGCGCGGGGGGCGCGGCGGCCGUGCUCCGCCUGCCCGGCUACCGCUUCCGCUACCGCCGCCGCUCGCGCUCCAGCUCCCGGUCGAGCGAGCCGUCGCCGUCGCGGGACGCGGCCCCCGGGGGCCCGGGCGCGGGCUUCGCGUCCACGGACAUCUCCAUGUACACGCUGAGCCGCGACCCGUCCAAGGGCAGCGUGGCGGGGGGCGCGGCGGGCGCGGGCUCGGGGGGCGCGGGGGCGCCCGGCUUCCUCACGCUGCACAACGCCUUCGCCAAGGAGGCGGCGGGGGGCGUCACGGUCACGGUCACCGCGCCGCCCGCCGCGCCCCCCGCGCCGCCGGCGCCGCCCGCCGCGCCCCCCGCGCCCGGGACGCUGGCCAAGGAGGCGGCCGCCUCCAACACCAACACGCUCAACAGGAAGACCACGCCGGUGUAGACGCGGUGGCCGCGGUGUGGACGCGGGGAUGGGGGGCGGGAGGGGCGGCGCGUGCGCGGGCGCGCGUGCUCGGGCACCCUGCUGCGACUGCGGGACCCCUCCGUCCCCGAGCCCUGGGUGCGGGGCGCCCCCGCUGCGGACUGUGGGUGCGGGACCCCUCCCUUCCCCGGGCCCUGGGUGCGGGGCGCCCCCGCUGCGGACUGUGGGUGCGGGACCCUUCCCUUCCCCGGACCCUGGGUGCGGGGCGCCCCCUCUGCAGACCGGGUGGGGGAAGGACCUUUCCCCUUCCUGGGCCCUCAGGUGGAAGACCCCUCCCCUGCCUUCCCUGGGCCCUGGGUAGGGGGCGCCCCCUCUGCAGACUGUAGGUGGGGGACCCUCCCCUCCCCGGGCCCUGGGUGCGGGGCGCCCCCACUACGG